CUCGGGAGAUGGCGUCACUCCGGAUGAAGAAGACGAAGACGAAGAAGGAGCAAUGUAGCAAUUCGUAGAUUCUGACCCAGGUUUUUUUCUUUUGUUGACUCUGCCAUUCGGAAUCUAGCGGCUAUGGCGAUGAGAGUAGGAGGAGGUGGAGAAGGGUUGGAAGCAGCCGGCGCCGGACCCAUUUUCAGGCGGUGUCUGUGGGAUGACGAGAGAGAGAGAUGGGUUAGUGGGUGGGUGGGUGCGUGAUCGGCCCCAGCCCUGGCUCCCUCAAUAGCUCGGCGUCGCGGCCUGUGUGUCUCUGUAUGAUGACGCCGUACCCGCAUCCCCGUUCCCCUUUGUGGCAUCCAUGAGGAUUUAUCUGAGGGUUAGCUUAUCUGGACUGGCAUUUGGAGCGAGCACUAUGUGUACGUACAACCCCACCUGGCGAUUAUGUGCUCGUGGCGGCUGCGUGCCCUCUAGCCAAUAUAACCGAAGAUAUUCUGCAGAAUCGACCCUUCGUAUUCGAUAAUUCUGUCAUUGUAAGGUCGUCAGAUUCGAAGAGCUUCUUAACGUUGGACAAACAGGGGGGUUUUAAAAACCUAUAGCGAAGUGGACUUCAUCAUGACGAUGAUGCAGUGCUCAAGUGCAAGUGUUCCACAGCCGGUGCUUGUGAUAGGACGCACUUGCUCUCCGUCUGCUCAGAGGCACAUCGAAAAAUCUGGAAAAAAUCAGGAUCGACUCGAUGAUUAUGUUGCACAUAGGCCCUGAUCGAUCCCUGUGUUUCCGAUUGCUCCCACUUCGACAUAGUUAUUCAUGGAGAGAUUCUGAAACCUUGUACUUAGGUAUAGCUUGAAACUGGACCAAUUUGUUUCAAGUUGUUUUUACCAUCGAUAUUUAGCAUUUUUAUUUCUAUUAGCAUAGUUCAAUCCCCCUUUGUUCCGCACUUUGGUACAACAGACGAGCUUCUCUAAACUUCCAAGUGUUAGGCCCACGAAAAUGGACUUUCCUUUCUGUUAUUUAGUUUUGUCGGUUGUGGAAAUAGGUUAGGCGAGUACGACAGUGUAAAUUAGUAUUGUUUCACUCUAGGUUUCAAUUGAUCCAGACUAAAGACAUCUUAAGUUUUAUUCUUGUAUUAGCAACUCGUAUCCGCAUGAAAUCAAAUUUCGCAGAUCAAAUGGGUUGAUACUAUGCACUUGACGUCAAUACUAUUUUGUCUUCAAAGACAAUAUUUUUUACUCCUAGCUAAUGAGAGACGUCCCCUCUGAUACUGUCGGAACUUAUCAUUACCGCGUCUACAGCAGAUUAAGUGGCAAGCAGAAGCGCAAGCACGAUGCAGGGGGGUAAUCAGCAGCAGCUCUCAAUUCCAUCCAGCGAUUCUCUGAUAGCUUUCGCCCUGCUUAGUCAGCAGCUGAGGCAAUCUUCGAACAAUUCGCCACAGUUUCCUCAUCAAAAUCACACCAUGCCCUCCUCAUCUCUUGGGUUCUCGUUGGAUGCCAAUGUACAGAAGCAAGCCUAUCCACCUCAAAAUUAUCAACCUCAUGCGCAGUUACUGCCGAUAGGUGGCGGCGGCGGGGGGCAGGUUAAUGGAGGAACCAGAACUGGUGAAAGAAUAGGAAAGAUAUUUCAAAAUUUGCAGCGUAGGAACUUGGCCUCAAAUUUCGAUCAACAGCAGCUCAGUAGUCAGAUGAUGAAUCCAAACAUUUUAGAGAAUCUAUCUAGUCAGCUCAUGGUGGAUCAGAACGUGCUAAGCAUCAUGGAACACCUUUCCAUGCUGCAAGACAGAAUUUUGCAGCUGCAAGCCCUGGUGCCUCUCAUUUCCCACACUGCGAAUAGCCAGAUUGAGGGCAAUGCUGUAGCCCAGCAGCAAGCAGCAAGUGCCGCUGUUGUGAGUAUCGUCUCUCAGCUUGCAGUGAUAGCUAUUGGUCUCCUUCCACAGUCAGUUGAACACACGGCGGGUCAAGUGAAUCCAUCAACGGACUUGCCUUUGAGUCAGCUACUUCAAGCUUCUUUGGGACAGGAUCCUAAUUUCUUUCAGCAAGACACCGUGGGGGGUCAGUCCAGAGUACCACAGAGGGUUACUUCGUUGGGAAACGCGAUAGCAAACGGCUAUGGCACUUCUCAAACAACAGUCUCAGGGCUGGGUGGAUUAGAUAAUGCGAGAUUUCCUUCUGACAGCUGUGGACCCAGAUUUCCAAGUGGAGGGGGUGGUUUUCCUAAUUUGAACAACGAGGGGGACAUACCCGGACAGCAGAAUGUGAGUGGGCAACACCCUGUUGUUAGCAGCGGCUCAGAGGCUAUACUUCCUAAUCAGAUAAGUAGCGGAUUAGGCAAAGAACAUGGAAGCAUUGCUGGUGGUGAAAAGCGACGCAGGGUAGCUAACAGUGACUUUAAUCCGCUAGAUAAUUCGCUCGCAGCAGGUGCAAACAAUUUGGUCUGUAGUGAGUUCGGCGGGAUGGAUGCUGGCUUAGAAAAUCUCAACAACGACUCACGCAGUGAUGUCGAUAGUGUCGGUGACGAUGGUGAUGUCGAUCCUGAAACUAUCGUUUCCGGUUCAUUUGACCUUGUGGAGAUGGAUGCCUCGGAGAUUUUGGCCGAGCACACACAUUUUUGUGAGAUUUGUGGGAAGGGCUUCAAGCGUGAUACCAACUUAAGGAUGCACAUGCGAGGUCAUGGGGACGAAUACAAGACUUCUGCAGCUCUUGCACGUCCCGACAAAGAUUCGCCAGAUACUACAGUAACUCGAUUGAGGCGGUAUUCCUGCCCUUGCGUAGGAUGUAAGAGGAACAAAAAGCAUGGCAAGUUUCAGCCGUUGAAAACCAUUCUGUGCGUGAAGAAUCAUUACCGCCGCAGCCAUUGUCCUAAGGUUCUCACAUGCCAGAAAUGCAUGACUAAGAAAUUUUCAGUUGUCGCAGACUUGAAGACUCAUGAAAAGCACUGUGGCCGCGAUAAGUGGCAAUGUUCUUGUGGCACCAGGUUUUCACGCAAGGACAAGUUAUUCGGUCACAUUGGUCUAUUUGCAGGUCACGUUCCCGUAGUGCCUCUGCAUGAGUUGGACGGCGGAAAUGGGGGUAGUAUCAAUUCAGGUGCGGACUAUCAGGGGUCUCCUAAUCCGGUACCUUUUGGUUCAGAUAAUAAGGGUUCCAGAAGGUUGUUCGACUGACGUCUUCCUUACAUCUUCUGAAGGUUUAGGACCAUGCUUGGAUUGAUUUGGAUGCAAGACAUGACGGUAUGACGUUGGGUUGGUGCGAAGUCUUACCUAGUAUUUGAUUUAAGCUCUCCUGUGAUCUCUAUCUCAAGCUUGAGGUCAUGCACACAUAAGCUUCCACUGCAUUUAAAACCGGCAAGUGUAGGUGGAAUUGACACAAUUUUCAGGUUUCGCCCACUGAGCUUCAUCAGUGGAUGUUACUAGCUGUUGUCUGAAGAAAUUAAGAUUCCUCACGUGGAUCAGUCCACUUUAUAGUGGAUCUCCUUGAAAAUUUUGGACUUGGAGGUGAUCAUACGUAUCAUCACGUUGGUGAGGUCAGGGAAGACGUCAGGAUUUCAGGCCAGACUGGACAACAGUACUUGUUAAUUUUGAAUCAUAUCGAGGAGCCCAUGGCGUUGCCCGACACAGGUAACACGCGUGGUUUUAAUAUUAUUUUUAGUGUUAGUUCCUUAAUGGAAUUAAGCAGGCAAAGAAAUCACUUCUUUGUUAUGACUCCUGCUUUCAGAUCCACGUUGUGAGAUGUAUUUUUUCUAAAGUUGAUUUAGUAAUCAAUCCAUUCAGUUUGAGAAAUGGAGAGAGUGAAUUGAAGGUCUACCAAGCCUUAAGAACUUACUAGGUGGAGUGAAGGGAAGGGGUUGUAUUCGAGGAUAUUUUAGUACUAAAAUGUUAUAUCGUGUCCCCCAUGGCGUGCUUUUUCACCUGUGAAGUAAUUUCCGCUAGUGCUUGGGCAACUGCCGCAUCUUAGUUUGCAGCUUUCCUGCUUGUAUAGCUUGUUCAAUAAACUAUUGAGUUUGUAUAUUACUGUGAGCCGAGAACUUUCCGCAUUGCAGUUGCUUGAAUUGCGGAUCAAUUCUAGCAGAAUUCAUUACACAA